CGGUGUGACGUGCGCGCAAGCACAGUUCGGGGUAAAAUUGCUCACGUAAAAAGAUAAAAAAACGUUUUACGUGACACAAAAGUAGAAAAUAACAGUGACAAGUAAACACCCUACGUAAUCUCCGUUCGUGGCAACUGUGAUAUCGGAGCAUGGAUUUCGCGAGUGUGCGUCGGUCUUUUCCGCGUGUGCUUCGCUCCGUUUGCAGUUGUUCGGCGGCCGUUCGGCCGUCUCCGGCGACGCGACCGAACGACGAGAGAUUGCGCACAUGUGUACGUUCGCUGCGCGUCGUCUGUGUGUACAGUGCAUAGAUGUAUAUAUUGGUACGCGUGCAUGAUACGCACGCACGCAUGCCGGUGUUGUGUGUAUCUGCGUGAAGCUCUCGAGUGAGUACAGAGUGUUUUUGUCUGCGUGUUGGUGGUGUUAUAUCGUGUGUGGUUGGUGUCUCGUAUCCGGCCGUUUUUUUUUUCUUGUCUUACGUGCGAAUGGAGUGUGAGCUGCGUCCGCUGCUUGUGCCUGUUUCCUUCGCGCCGGUCAAUGUGGAUACGUAAAUAAUAAAGUGCGUUCGGCUUUUGCCGCCUCCUCGUGUCUCUUCUGCCUGUGGAUUAACUCAACACGCGUGGGACAAAGGAUACGACAAGCGCAUAAGUUUGCUGUGUGUGUGUGUGUGUACGCGCGCAACAUACGGAGCCGAACGGUGGGCCGCGCGGUGUCCCCGCAGAAUUAUUUAUCGACCUGCACACGAGAUUUGCUCGCGUUCCCAUCUGGGGAUAUAUCUCGACAGCCGCAAUUGAUAGACUGGAAAUGCAGUACUGAUCGGAAGCAAGUCGAUCAGCCGGGGCGCGGUUCAAUCGGAGGAGAUAGAAGAAAGAACCGCACGUUAGGCUGACACCGAUCGGAAAGGAAAAUCACCUCGGAUAUGGCUUAACUUCGCGACGGGUGAGAGGAGAACAGUGCAGGAGUGUUCGCCGCGGGUGAAGUCGUCUCGCUACCAUCCUCGGAUCUCAGGAUUCCCGCGGAUGGUCGCCUACGGCGUUGGAUGUAAUCACGAGUGGUGUCCAGUGGUGUGUUCGUGAUAUUCACGUCGAAGAGGAAAAAGGAAGAAAGCUGCAGUGGCUGUGAUCGGCUGUGGUGUCGUGGAUCAGUGUGUUGUCGCGGAGUGAAGAGUGGCGAGAAAGGUAUUGUCCAUCCAAGAUCGUUCGCGCGAGUAAAAAAAAUUAGCGACACGGUGCGCGAGUGUUGUUGUGGCGAGGAGGAAUUAAAGUGGAAUAAUAGUAGGUGGUGGUAGUAGAUUACGAUAACAAAAGAGAGAGAGUGAAAGAAAGAAAGAGAGAGAGAGAGUGAGAGAGAGAGAGAGAGAGAAGCGAAUAUAUCGCAAGAUUACGUCGAGCGAGAGAGUAGCCGCGAGAGAGUGAGUGAUGUGUUCGAUGGACGAGGCGCGUCUCGCGGGCGGUGGUCGGGGUAAUGAUAACGUCGCGUGUGAUCGCGCGCGCUGCCACUGCUACGACGAAUUGGGAUCAAAAGUGCGAAAAGGCGGGCAGUCGGUGAUCAGGCUGGCGGGCGCCAGGGAAACGUUUCCAAGGGCAUGGCGACCACGCCACUAGGCGGUCGCCUCCCUAACGUAAACCGCAAAGGACCAUCUCCGUGCGUCGGUGGUGGUGGUUCUAGCAGUAGUAGUAGUAGUAGUGGUAGUAAUAGCAACGGCGGUGGUAACGGCAACAACGGCAACGUUUGCAGUAACGGUAGCAACAGCAACGGCAUCAGCAACAACGGGUUAAGCAAUCAGAGUGGUGCUGGUCAAUCGAGAAGACAGGAGAGAGCGCUGGUUGGCAGAGAGCACCGCGAUCAUCGUCACCAUCACCAUCAUCAUCACCAUCACCAUCAUCACCACCAUCAUCAUCAUCAGGGUCGGGACAAGUCAUCCACGCCAUCAUCGUCGUCGUCGUCGUCGUCAUCGUCGUCGUCGUCGUCGUCGAGCCAGCAGCAACAGCGCGAGCCUAAUAAAGCAAGCACAGUGGCUGCUAACGCCGGUGAACUGGAUCCGGCCGCGACGAAUGCGACCAAUAACUUCGAGUACGACGACAACGAAUGGGACAUUGGCAUAGGUGACCUGAUAAUCGAUCUUGAUGCGGACAUUGAGAAGACGAGGGACGAGAAAUUGAGCUCGGGGACAGGCAUGGCUUCUACGCCUGCCUCGGCAGCAUCGGCACCGAAUAACGCGAAUCAUCAUCAGUUACAGAACUCAACUAGCGGCCUCAACUCCUCAAACUCCUCGUCCUCGUCCGUCCCGUCGUCUGGCACGAACGCCGGUAGCCAAUCGUCGUCGUCUACCUCGUCGUCGUUGUCGUCGUCCUCCUCAUCGUCCUCGUCGUCGUCUUCCUCCGGGUGCGGGGUGAACUCGUCCUCAGCGCGCUCCAACAGCCCCGGGAGCGGCAGCGGCGGCGCGAACGGUCCAAAUAGCGCGAACGGCGCCGGUAACGCGAACGGCACCGCGAACGUGGUCACCGGUCCCGGUAAUAAACAAGCGUCGGGCGUGAACGUGAGCGGCGUAAACGCCGUCCACGGCAGCGCCGGCAAUCCCGGCAAGAUGGCCGUAGAACACUCGGCCACCGUCGACAAAGGCCUCAAAAUGAAGAUCAAGCGCACGAAGCCUGGCACCAAGACCAGCGAGGCCAAGCACGAGAUUGUCAAAUCGAAUGAAAUCAACGGUACCGCCUCGUCACAGGACUCUAACAACGGUACCGCCGCGUCCGCGACGUCCUCGUCCGCGACAGCCAACGCGGCGUCCGCGUCGGUUGCGGUAGCACAGAACUCACAGAACUCGGAAUGUGGUGCGACCGGCGGCGGUCAGUCGUCGUCGUCGAACAAGUCGAAACCGAGCCACUCGCCGGCAUCGGCCGGCGGUGCGGGCGCCGCGCCUUCUUCUAACGCGGGUUCGAAACGCGGCUCGAGCGGUCAUCGGCGCGACAAAGCGCGCGAUAAACACGAUAAACCGCAGAGUAAUCACACACCUCAGCAAACUAAGCCGGAAAUGAACGGCACCGCGCGACCCGCGCCGCAGGGCCAGAACUCGGCCGGCGGCGCGACGCAGUCUCAAGGCCCAACGCCGGCUGCCACGGCGCCGCAACAGACCCAGGGACCACCACCCAGUUCAAGGACAGGUUUUUCAGUGUCACAGGGCCCCGGGCCGCCCGCGACUAGCGCGGCGGCACCGUGUCAGUCCCCGAGUCCAGCGAGCGCCACGGCAGCCGGCGCGCCGGCCAAGCCGGAACAGACCAAGGUUGCCGCGGUACCGGGACCGCCACUCACUACGCCUGCCGAGGAAGCGAUGGAUACUGCCGCGAGUCCUCCGCCGAUGAAAAAGAUCAAAACAGAACCAAAGGAUUUGGCAGACGCGUGUACUGGGACCAGCGUAGGGACUAUUACGGAGCCAGAAUGUUUGGGACCCUGCGAGCCCGGCACCUCCGUCACUCUCGAAGGCAUUGUGUGGCACGAGACGGAAGGAGGUGUCUUAGUCGUAAAUAUUACUUGGAGAGGCAAGACAUACGUUGGUACCUUGUUGGAUUGCACGUUACACGAUUGGGCUCCACCUCGCUUUUGCGAUUCUCCUACCAGUGAUCUUGACGCGCGAACACCAAAGGGCCGUGGGAAGCGAGGUCGUGCAGCAGCGAGUUCUACGCCCGGCAGCGAUCUGAGCAACUUUACGGAGACGAGAAGUUCCGUGCACAGCAAACUGCGUAACGGUGGCAAGGGUCGUCGGGGUGCGCAAGGUUCGCCUGCAGCCAGUCCGAGUUCGGCAGCAUUUGUGCCACCUCGGCCAGACCCGGCGGGCAAACGGAAGUCGCGCGGUCCGGAAGAGGAGCAAGAGAAGAACAAGCGACAACGAGCGCCACCGCCCACGCCUCCCAGUGGUUCGCCUCCUGCCAGUCCUGUUUUGCUUGAGUGCCCCGAACCGAAUUGUAGCAAGAAGUACAAACACAUCAACGGGCUCAAGUAUCAUCAGAGUCACGCGCACGGAUCUGCCGAUGACGAGGACACAAAGGAGGGUAUCACCAGCAUGUCGGAGAACGACGAAAGCAACAUCGAAGCGCCGAGUCCGGCCACGCCGGUAAAAUCGCCUGCAGACAAACCGGAGGGCACACCGGUAAGAGCGGCGAGUCCACCAGCGGCGGGAUUGCCACCAGAAACGCCACCCCCACCGCCUCCACCACGUGUACCAUCACCUAGUAUAGAACCACCCACGCCUGUUCACGUGGACAAGAGUAUCGUGAAACCGGGUGUGUUGAGGUUUGGUCAAGAUGACCUGCCGGCACCACCUGCUUCUGCAGCGCCUUCGUCUAGGCAGCCGCAGUCUAUACAGCAGCAGCAACAGCAGCAACCGCAGUCACAACAACAGAAUCAAUCAUCGUUAGGUCAAUCGAAUCCUCCCCAGAGUCCAAGUCCCCAUCCGAGUCAAUCACCAAGACCCGUGCCUUCGCCUCAUCCGAGCACGAAUAUUCCCCAACCCCUCAACAUACCACAACCGCCGCAGCCGUCACAGGUGCAGCAGUCGCAUCAAACGCAAAAUCCGCUUUUGCAACAGGCGCAACAAUCGUUGCAACAAGUUGGCCAGCCGACGCAAUCACAACUACAGUCUAGUGUCGGUAGUCAGCAGCAACAGCAGCAGUUGCAGUCAUCUGUUCAACAACAAUUACCGCCGGCACAUCAGCUGCAGUCGGUACAGCAUCCCUUGUCGGCUCAACUGGGUCAGCCUGCGCAGGCUCAUGUGCAGCCGUCCAGUUUGCAGCAGCAGCAACAGACCAGUUUGCAGAGCCUAACCAGCCAGCAUCCAGGUCUGCAAAGUCUCACCAGUCAGGUGUCGCAACAAGCGGCAGCGGCUCUGCAAACGGCACCUCCGCCACCGGGUCAUCCGGGUCAGGGCGUGCAGUCGCAUUUACAACAAUAUCCGAGCGCCGUGUCUUUGCACGCCGCUGCUGCAAAGAUGCCGCAGUUCAAGGUCAAGCCUACGGCGGCGCUCAUGCCGGAGCAGGACAAAAACAAAACAAGCGCGGAUACGCGCACUCCAAAACCGCAGGGAUACAAGAAGAAAUCGCGGAAGUCACCUGGCGGCAGUCCGCAUCCGUCUCCAAUGGAAGCGCCGAUCGUCGACUCGGCGCGUGACGACGUGCAAAGUCCGGCCUACUCCGAUAUAUCGGAUGACACGGCACCGGUGCUCGAGGCCGAACCGGCGGACAAGAUCAAGCAAAGUCAAGACAACAAAGACAACAAGACCACCGCGCCCGCGCAUCUGCCCACGCACUUCGGUAUGUAUUCGUAUUAUGGCACACCGCCUUAUCUUGUGCCCAGCGUACCAGAGAGCAAACCGGUGGUGGAAUCAAAGCCGAGCGACCUCACGCCCAAGCAAGACAUCAAACCGCUCAACAUACCGCAGAUGCCUUCGAUGGCGAGUUUGCAGAGUGUCGUGUCAGAGAAGGAAAAAAAAGAGCUGAGUCAGCCAGUGCCUCAGCCACAGCAACAGCCACAUUAUUAUGGCGGUUAUGGCGGUUACAUGCCGCCGGGCUAUCCCUACCAGCCUCCGCAGCCGGUAACGCAACAACAGCAGCAACAACAACAAAGUCAGCAAUCGCAGGAGCAAGAGCCGCAUGAGCAAAAGUCCAAGAUCAAGCAGGAGCCGCAGCCACAGCCGAGUUUGAAGGAUAAACAGCAUGAGAACCAUCAGAUACUCAAAGAAAGUAUUGAGAUGAAGAGUCAGAUGAGUCCAUACCAUGUUUACCACAGCUCGCAGAGUCAGCGCGCGGCACCGCCACCACCACCGCCUGGACCCGUUCAAGACGACAGGAGGUAUUACCUGUAUCCGGGCGAGCAAAGAAGAAAAGAAGAGUCGAGUAAGCAGAGCCAGCAGGCGAAGGCGCCACCGCCGAGUCCGAAGCACCAGCCGAAACAGGAAAAACCACAGGAUCUUGGCAAGAGUGAGGAUUCCAAGAGCAAACAAGAGGGCGUGAAACCGACGAUGGAGACCCAGGGACCGCCACCGCCGCCUACCUCGCAAUACGCUUACAUACACCCCAGUUACAUGCAGCCGCAGCACUAUAGCGCGCUGCCGUUCGACCCGGGUCAUCCAAUGUAUCGCGGUCUCAGUCCUAUGUUGGUAGGACCAUACUCGAGUAACCCCUAUCUCCAUCAAUUGCCCAGGUAUCACGCACCGGAAGAUCUCAGUCGACCGCCUGGCAAAGCGUUGGACCUGCUCCAGCAUCACGCUAAUCAGUAUUAUUCGGCGCACAAGAUCCACGAGUUGCAGGAACGCGCGCUUAAGUCGCCGACACCUAAAACAUCAGCGGCGUCUGCAAGCCCGUCCUCGGCAGGUCCGACUCCCGCCCGACCUCCGAGCGGUCCACCUACAUCAGUUGCAGGACCGGGUCCGCCACCGGGUCAGGCCCAACAACAGUCUAGUAAACAACAAGGUCAGCCGGGUAGUCAGCAACAGCAGCAGCAGCAAACUGCAGUGGACGCCAGCGGUGGUAACCUCGGCAAGGACAACAGAUCGCCACCGCCGCAGCGGCAUGUACAUACACAUCAUCACACCCACGUGGGUGUCGGACUAGGUGUGGGUUAUCCCCUUUUGCCGGGACAAUACCCCGCCCCUUACGGAGGUAAGCCUCUCGUCAGACCCUGACAGUAAGGCGACCCGCGGGAUCCAGCAAAGCGAAAACCGGAAAGAAAGAAAUGCUUCGUUUCCUUUUUAUCUUUUUUUUAAUUUUUUUUUUUUUUUCUAGAAAGGAAAAGAGAGACGAGUAGAGUUGAGAGAGAGAACGUGGAAGAGAGAUCGUUGUGUCAUUUGAAUAUUGUAAAAGAACAUCGCAAAAAUAUUGCAAAGAAAACGUAAGAGACGAGAGUGAGAAAGGAAACUGCUGAAGUGAGGAAGAGUGAAACGCAUGCGAGUACGCGUUAGGACAAAUGCGUUUUCGUUGUGUCAUUGAUUACUUAAACUCUGGGAAUUGAUGAUAACGACGAUAACGCGAGCGUGUUAAGAGAAACAUCGUUUUCGCGACUGUCCUUUAAAAUUAUCGUGCGUUUCUCAAACGAUGGAAGUUAUUGUGUGUCUGACGACGAAGGUUUUAGAAUAAUGGCGUUUAAGAUUCAAAUGUAUAUGUUAGGGAUCGACUUAAGUGCUGCAAGUUAUGACCGUAGUUCGAUAUACGUAAGCGUUUAUUGGGCGUGGAUCUUUUUAAUCGAACGAAAUUAAUAACUGGCCUCUUUUUUUUUUUUUUUUUUUUUUAAGUGAGCAAUGCAAUACGACUUGCAACGGCGUUUUUUAAACAUAUACGUUCGUUCGACUGAUGUGUUCUCUAUUCAAUGUCAAAUUGAAUAGCACGAACCGAUUUUGUAAAUGAUGAACAGGUAUUUUUUGAUUUCGAGACGAAUUCAGACGACGCUGUCGUUCGACAAAAACGGGUAAACUCGGCCAGAUAUUAUUUAGAGCCUGAGUGUAUUUAAAACCGUACACCAUAUUGGUGCAUCAAAGAUGAAAGAAAAGAGAAAAUAAAACGCGAAUCCUGAUCUUGCAACAAGGAACUCGUAUAGCCGGAAAGCCCUCUCCGUUCGAGAGACGAUCCGCGCGCGUCGAGUCCCCAUUGAGGUACUAUUUUAUUACCAGACCAAUAGGAGACGAUGUUUCUUUUUUUGUACAAAGAAAAAAAAAAGAUUAAAGAGAAAAAAAUUGAUUGAAUCGUUAUUACUACGUGGGGGACUCCAGUCGGGACCCGAAAUGGAUGCUGUAAAUAAUGUAUCUCUUCGACUUGUACAUUCUUCGCAAGCGCGAGAGACGAGUGAGAGAAUGCGGCUCCCUCGUGCUGUAACGUUGCAUUUUUUUAACGUGUAUACCUGAUGUUGCGGGUGUACGCACGUGUUUUCUCCAAUACAGACUUCUAGAUUGAAAAUUAUUCUCCCCCCCUCCCACGACAAAGCUGAAAAAAAAAACUUGAAAGUGUUGGAAAUGUAUAAAUUUUUAAAUUAAGACAAAAAGAUUGUUUUUGUUUCGUCUCACUGUUAAAUAUAAUGUGUUGUGAUAUACGGCAUAGAUUUCUCCUCAUCCUUAGUAACUGUAAUCGAGAAAAAACGUGCGAUACCUGAGACUAAUAUGUACGUAUACAUAUAUACAUAUUUACGAGUAGCGACCGACUGAAUAUUUUGGAAAUAUUUGGAGUAUAAAUGCGUAGAUUAGCUAUAUAUAAUUGUAAGCUGUGUACCGCAAAAGUAGGGCGCAAGUAGGGAUUAGACGUAUAGUUCAGACUGUGAUAAUUAUUUAUCGUGCUUCUUUCCGGGACGGGGAAAAAAAGAAAAAAAAAAGAUAUAACAGAAUUUUAUGAUUCAGACUGCGCGACCUUAUCCGGGUGGUGGGCGUUCGCGUGUACAGUAACGACGACGAUAACGACCUCAUCAAGCUUGAUACCGAUGCCAACCGCCGAUGUAAUAUUGAUUGCGGCAUUACGUGAGGAAAAACGCAACCCUUAACCGACUGUUAUUAAAUAAUGCCAAGUCUUAUUUACAAUUCGGCACUCGGGCAGUAUUUACGGUCAUUCCUUGCGCAUAUAAACACAAUUCUAUAUUGUACAAUCCGUUUUUGUAUUAUGUAUUAUUAUUAACACUUUACUUAUCGCUCGCUAAUGAGGCGAAUAUCUAUUUUACAUUUAUUAGUACUCGGUUUUAUCGUUCGAUCGAUAAGCGCCGCCAGUAAAAAAAAAAAAAAAACAAAAAGUCUCUUAAUAGAUUUUUAGUAAAGUGUUAAUGUGAAAAAAUAACAAGAAAAAAAUUGAGAUAUACAUGGUACACAUGCGAUUGUAAAAAAAAAAGAAAAAACAAUCUCAAGUAUAAGAUGCCUGUAAGUACUGCCGAUUAAACUCUUUUUUGAUUUGUAAUGUUGUAUUCUUGCGAUAUGUAAUUUGUAUCCCUUAUAUAUUAUAUAUAUAGUGGAAUUCACUAUAUCAGGCGCGAUCAGGAGAGGUAGUUCUUCUCCGGUCGUCGUCUUCUAGUACCGCGCGCCGUUCUUCUUUGGUCUCCGUCCAAAUAGCCCGAGAUUCGACUCAUAUGUACUGGCACGGUUACUUAUCGAUAAUGUCGAUGGUCAUGUACUUAUCAUAAUGUUAUCACGAUCAUUCAUUAAAACAAUAAACGUGUUUUAUUGGCGAGGUUGUCAAAUUUUUGGAAAGGAUUAGUUUUUUCGUCGAUGUGACAAUAUUAUGGUAAUACAUGAGCGUCGAUAUUACAGGUAACCGUGUUGGUAUAUAGAUAUCGAGUCGCUGACGGAAACCGAAGAGGAACGGUGCGCGAUAUUAAGAGACAGUCGAAGGAGAACUACUUCCCCUGACCGCGCACGAUAUGAUGCACUCUGCUACAUAAAAAAAAAAAAAAUCCUUCGUUAGACGCCGAUAGUCUUCCAUGAAAGCUUCUUUUGCAGCAAGAUUUUUUAUAGUUUGCAAUUAAUGCAAUUUUGAUUUUAGUCACGGAUAAACGUCGCGCUUUUUAUUACGAGAGUGUUCGGAACUUGUAAUGACAUUAUUUCACUGUUUAAUGUGUGUGUAUUGAUUUUUCCGAGAAUAAUCUUGAAGGAAAAAAAACACAAAUUAUUGCAUUAUACAAUCUCUCCAAUAAUUUCUUUGGUUAAAUAUUAUCCAUACCGUUUCCGUCCUUUGUUAAGGACGAAAUUAUCCUUUGGUUGCCGACUUUCUAUUCGUUGCAAUAAUUUUAUACGGCGAUGAAGCGAGAAAAUAUAUGUGUGCGUAAAAUUUUUGCAAUUUACGUUACAAUAAAAGUCAUUUCGUUUCUAAUGUUAUUGUAAAUUGCGAUAGUUAUCGGGAACAUUGGAUUGCAAUAUUUUAGUAAAUAUGUUUUU